AUGACAUCUAAGAAGGCUGCAAAGUUUGUUCUACAUGGAAUGUCCCCAUCUUCUGCAGUAGUCAGUAGCAGCAUGUCACAGUCAACAUCAGGGACCACCAUAAAGACAGAAGACAUCUCACUUCUAAUCAAAAGUUUAGUCAAGUCCAUGCAGGUGCUUACUGCAGUGACAAUCAGAGUUUUGCCAAGUGCAAAGAAUGACCAAACCCAGAAUGACCAAACCAGUUCAGCACCAAAGCCUGCUAGCAGUGGAAGCAGCAAUAGCAGUACAGAAUAUUGUCAUUAUUGCAGUGAGGCAGGUGAAAUGAUUGGAACCUGUGAGCAUGUUGAAGAAGACAUAAAAGCUGACAAGUGUAUGUGA